AUGGCAACAAACAUCACUUGGCACGAAAAUUUGACUCACAGCGAGCGUGCUGAAUUUAGAAAGCAAAAGGGCGUUACCGUCUGGUUGACAGGUCUCUCAGCCAGUGGUAAGUCUACCAUUGCCUGCGCUUUGGAGCAGACCCUCUUGCAGCGUGGAUUGAACUCUUACAGAUUGGACGGUGACAAUAUUAGAUUCGGUUUAAAUAAAGAUUUGGGAUUCUCCGAGGCUGAUAGAAACGAGAACAUCAGAAGAAUCAGCGAAGUUGCGAAAUUGUUCACCGAUUCUUGUUGUGUUACCUUGACUUCGUUCAUUAGUCCUUACAAGCAUGACCGACAAAUUGCCAGAGAGUUGCACGAGCAAUCACAAUUGCCAUUUGUGGAGGUCUACGUGGAUGUGCCAGUCGAGGUUGCUGAGAAGAGAGACCCUAAGGGCUUGUAUAAGAAGGCCAGAGAGGGCGUCAUUAAAGAGUUCACUGGUAUCUCUGCACCAUAUGAAGCCCCUGAGAAGCCUGAAAUCCAUUUGAAGAAUUACGAUGGUCAGACCGUCGAGGAGUCUGCGAAGGCCAUUGCUGAUUUCUUGAUAGAAAAGAAGUACAUCUAA